GACAGCCUAGGAUGUUGGUCUGCCUACUCCACGUUCCCACCAUACCUUUUCUGCGAGUUUAGUCUCAUAAUUGUCUUAUGAGACGGUGAGACUUGAGAUGCACAGACAAGUGAGACAACCCAUGUAAGAAUUAAGAAACCUAAACGGAAGAUCAUUUGUCUCCAUCCAAAAUUCUGAAAAUUUCCAAGUUUCCAACACUAAUCUCUGUCUUGUUUAAUGAUCGGUCGUCGUUGAUAAGUUGAACCCUUCUUGGUUUAUUCUGUUCUGCAACUCCUUUUCUAAGGAUGCAGAGAUGGAGCAGGAGAAAAACCCACUUCCCUGUUCUUGCUUUGUUCUUCUCUGUCUUCAUAGUAGCUUCAAUUCUUUACAACGAGCGAAACAUUCGGAAAAUACAUGAUAGGAAGGAAGAACAGCAAGUACCCAUCAGAGACUCAACUCUCCUCACCUCUGUUCCUUCCAAAGUUUCUAGCAAACAUAAGCCAAUAGUAGCUGCAGCUAGUUUGGAUAGAUUCACGAAAUGCGAUUCUACUCGAAAGUUCCAUGGUCGGAGAACAGAGACGGUUUACCAGAAGCUGGAUUCCAGUCAACGGAGAGAAAAGCAGCACAGAUGCGACUUGUUUUCGGGCAAAUGGGUCUUCGACAAUACUUCUUAUCCGCUCUACGACGAGUCGCGUUGCCCCUACAUGUCCGAUCAGUUGGCAUGUCACAAGCACGGAAGGACUGAUUUGGGGUAUCAGAACUGGAGAUGGCAACCCCAUGACUGCAACUUAAAGAGAUGGAAUGCGACUGAGAUGUGGGAGAAAUUGAGAGGCAAGCGAUUGAUGUUUGUUGGGGAUUCACUGAACAGAGGACAGUGGAUAUCCAUGGUUUGUUUGUUACAGUCAGUAAUCCCGGUUGACAAGAGAUCCAUGUCUCCAAAUGCUCCUCUCACCAUUUUCAGGGCAGAGGAAUACAAUGCUACAGUUGAGUUCUACUGGGCACCGCUUCUUGUUGAAUCGAACUCCGAUGACCCAGUGAACCAUAGACUGAAUGAUCGCAUAAUGCGACCUGAUUCAGUUUUCAAGCAUGCAUCAGAGUGGGAGAAAGCUGAUAUUUUGAUAUUUAAUACAUACUUGUGGUGGAGACAAGGCCCAAUUAAGCUAUUAUGGAGUGAUGAAGAAAGUGGGAUAUGUGAGGAGCUAGAUGGCGUAGGAGCCAUGGAGUUGGCAAUGGAGGCUUGGGCAGAUUGGGUGGCUUCCAAGGUGAAUCCCCUGAAGAAGAAAGUCUUCUUUGUGACAAUGUCCCCUACCCAUCUCUGGAGUCGAGAGUGGGCGCCAGGUACCGAGGGGAACUGCUAUCAGGAGAACAACCCCAUUGACAUGGAGGGUUACUGGGGAAGUGGGUCUGAUUUGCCCACUAUGAGGAUGGUGGAUAAGGUGGUGGACAGAUUGAGAUCAAAGGUUUCUGUUCUUAACAUCACUCAACUCUCUGAGUAUCGGAAAGAUGGUCAUCCAUCCAUCUACCGCAAAUUCUGGGAGUCACUGAGUCCCCAGCAAUUGUCAAACCCUGCCAGUUACGCUGACUGUAUUCAUUGGUGCUUGCCAGGAGUGCCUGAUGUAUGGAAUGAACUGCUUUUCAAUUCUUUGUAGAGAAGGAGAGCUGUGAAUUGAAUUUUAGCAAAGAAAGAAAUUUCAUCUCUGAGUUAUUGGAUGGUUGAUGUGAGCAGAUUUUGGCCUUUUUGUAUAUAAUGGUUGAGGCCAACCAUACUACUAUACUAGGGUCAGUGAGAUUGCUUAUUUUUGUGGGGAAUAGAGUGGGAUGCUCCAAAUUAAUGGGUUA